AGAUUGACACAACUGUAUCUCACGGGAAGAAUUUUUGGCUCGGAUGACAGCCCGCUAACUAUUAUUUGAAAUAUAUUACGACGACGGUUUCCGGUGCUUCCGUGUCUUCCGGAAAGCGGCGCGCAUGCGGGGUCGACGUCGCGGCAUGCUCGAACUUGCCUUCACGGCGGUGCGGUGUUUGAGGUAUGGUCUAGCUCACCAUAUUUGAGGGUUUGAGGGCCAGUGUGUUCAGGAAUCGGGAGUUGCGUGAUUGCAUAUUGCAUUAUGAGUCAUAAGGACCAAUCGAACAAUGAAAGCUGGGGAAGCGGGACAGACUUUUGUCAGUCAUGGGCAACUGACGAUAAUCUGCAAGAGCUCAUAGCUGAUUAUGCGCAUGAGCUCUCCUGUCUAGGGGAGCACGAAAUCAUGUUCGAACAUGUCUCACCUACUGACACUGACACCGACUCCGGCACCCUAGCCGCCCGAGACAUAAAGCAAGAAAUCGUUGAACCGCAAUGGACAGAAAUCAUCGCACCAAACACAAACUGCGCAAACCACAACGUAGAGGACUGGCCGGGGAACGUCGGAUUUCAAGUAAAGUUCGGACAUAGAGUACCAACCAACACCAACACCUCGUGGACGUACGUCGAAGAGAGGCGAAAGCUUUACACAGUGAUGGACAAUGCGCUUCCAGUUCAUUUCAUCACUGACCAACCACAGCCGCCAGGUACGACAGUUUGCAUCGUCGCUGUAUUUCGAGAUGCUAAUCUCCGGCUCGUAAAUGUCAGGCGCUGUCCUUUACACGUCGUUGCACAGCAAGAUAGCAGCGCUGAUCACAGCUCCCGCGACCACUGGAUACUAUGCGACCAUCCGGCCACUACGUAUUGGCAAGAUCCAGCGAACGGACAGCGCAAUUUCCUCACCGUUCCGUUCGAAGCGCCAAUUAUGAACAGCAGCGAUUCCUUUACGUACAGGCUGCGUUUCAUGUGUCGCAACAGCUGCAAAGGCACUCUGGAGAGACGCACCACCGAAGUCUUUUUUAUCUUGCGGUCUCCAGAGGGUCAGGACCUUGCGCGCCGCAUUGUGGAAGUGAAGGUUUGCGCUUGUCCGACCCGCGAUCAAAAGCACGAUGAUAUGCAGCACACGUUGCUCGUGCCAACUACUUCCAAGACCGCUUCUGCUACUGCAUGUUCGUCUGCUAAAAUACCGGACAAUUCCGUGGACAGUAGCGGCCGCAGUGAUGCUGGCCGAAACAGACGCAAGAGGAAGGCCUACGCGAUUGAAGUUUACGACAGGGAGAGGUACGAGUUUCUGCGUAGAGUGCAAGUUCCCCUGGAGCUGGCCGAAGCAGCGAGGAAGAGAAAGCAGAAAAUGGACGCCCGAGCUACGGGCCGGGAAGGUCCGGAGCGGUAGGGCUCUGGGACGUCAUCUUUCACUACCUUAUGUUUUGUAUUGAAUUUCCAUACACAUUGUUAGCUUUUUUUGCUCCAUACGCAUUAUUGCUAUUUGCUCGUUGUACAAGCUCGUUGCAUUUUUCACACUCCAGUUUUGAGUCCUUCAUAUCUGUUAUCAAAUACAAUAAAUAUCACAAUGCCGUUUCA